GUCCUUCUCGUCUAUCCUACCCUGCCACAAGAUGUCGAACUCUCACGCCAUGGUGCCCAGUACGCCUGGCCAGUCGAGCAUCACACGCUCUUCAUCAUUUCGUGACGCCUCGUCCACGCUAGCUUCUGGGUCAAAGACGGUACGAUGGGCUCAAGAGCAGCAGAGCAACGCAGUCGCGCCUUCUGCUAGCACGUCCACCCAAGCUAGGGUUGCUACUACCUCUUCCGCCGUGUCCACACCCGUGAAGCGGGCCAUCUCUAGCGUAGCUUCUGCUGUGACUCCAGUAUCUGCCACAGUAGCCAAGUCUGCACCUCCACAAAGCUCCAUAUCAGCCUCACCCGCGGCGUCUCCCUCACCUCGAGCAUCGCCUGCCUCACUACGGACUCGAGUGAAAUGGAAUGCGGGGGCACUAGUAGCCAUUUCGGUGCUGCCCAGGCUCGAUGUCUCUAAAAAGACAUACUGGUCUCUUUUGGACGCUGUGUAUGCCACUUUAGGAGGGCGAUCAGAUCAGAAAGUGGAUGGAGCAGCGGCAUGGCUCAAAUGGGCGCUGGUCAUCGUCUUUCUGGUCAACCUCCUGGAAGCCCUAGCAUUGCUGCAGUUCUCGAAGCCCCACUUCGACACAUCAGCUACAAAGCCUAUUGGCCUGACACAGCCCCCACGCGUCGGAGGCCCAGUCACAGCAAGUGCUAUCCCACCUCCUCCACCUGCUAGCUCUGCCCGCUCCCGCGGCCUAUCAGAGGCCCGAUACAGUCCUCACUCGCCUCUGAAGGCUAGUCUGGAAGCAGCAGGACGUUCAGUAAGCGGAAACUUCAACUCAUCCAGCCCAGCCCAAAGCAGUCCCCUCAAUCCCUCUGGUUUGCCCAGUGCAAACGUGCGUGCGGGGAGCGUUGCGGGACGAAGGCUCCCCUCUGCCCCUCCCACAAGCGGGUCCAGCCCUCUAGCAGCGUACCUCGCAAGAAAGGGUACACCGAGGGAACAGGAGAGAAGUGUCAGCUCGGACUUCGAUGGCGUGGGAGACUUGUCGAGCGAGAGCAUUGAGGUAGACAGGGCCCUGCGAGCGCUUAGCAACAGCUACAUGCGGUCGUCAUCUGCCGCCGCUGCUGCUGCUCCUCCUCAGACGCCUGUUUCACACGCAAGGUAGCGAGAUGGAGCAGAAGAGCCGAACACAGAUGCUAUCCUGAUUGAAUAAUUCAUCGUCAAUUCUCAUCACAGCAUGACCCAAUUACCUGCCCACAUACCAGCCGCAUUGUACCGAUACCACCCUGGCUGCCUGCCGCAUUCUGCUGCGCUCUCUGUUCUGGCUUCAUGAGUGAUUCGGUUCCAGGGCAAUGCAGGAAGGAUGUAUCAGAUAAUGACUAAGCGAGAACGAAGGACCCUUGUUUCAGCCACUGGCGCCUGUCAAGGUAAAUCACGCAAGAUGCGAGCAGGUCCAUGAAUGCGGAAGGGAUUU